AUGGCUGCUGAAAAUCCCGAAGGAGAGAUGAGUGAAAUUUCCAGCCUUACCGAUUCCAGCGAUGAAGGUAAAAAAGUAGUGGAGGAAGUGGUCGAGGCGGUGGCGGUCGAGGACAAGCCAGCGUACUCGGACCAGGACCUGGAGACGCUGGUCGGCUUCAUGCGGGGCAUGAUCAUUCUGUUCGACUACGAGGAUGGCGAUUUCAAUGACGAGGUGGCGGAAACGAUCAAACUUUGGCUGACGGACGCCAACAAUCCGCUGCUAUUUGUGUUCUACGAUGGGAACCUGCUGUCGGCAUCGCUCUCGUUUCCGCUCUGCCCGAUCAACGAUCUGAUGUACUUUAUGCGUGAACCGGAGCAGUUGUUCAACGUGACGGAGCGGUUCCACGACGACAUCCUGUUCGGCACGCUGCACGGCGAUAUCGAGGGUUCGUUGCUGGUUCUGCUGGAGCAAGUGUACGGGCCGAUGAUGCUGUCGAACGUGGACUGGUCGGAGAACGUGAAGGCGAACGUGAUCAACGGGUUCAACGCGUUCCUGACGUACCUUUCGGAGUUGCACUAUAAACUGUCCGGAUUCACGUUGUUAUAUGUGCCGCGCGAGGGCAGCGAUAUGGAGGUGCAGGAAGUCGUGCUGAAUCGGUCCAUGAUCAAGCGUCUCGAGGCGGUCAUCAUCGAUUGGACGGGUAAAAUUCGGUCCACCCUCAGCGACACGCAGCAUUUUGUGCCGGACGACUUGGUGCGGCCCUCGGAUGAGUACAGCUUCUGGCUCUACCGGCAUGAGGUCCUGUCGGCCAUACGCAUGCAGUAUCAGGGCCCGAACGUGCAGCACAUCGUGAAAAUUCUGGAACUCGCCCAGUCCCUGUACAUCAAGCAUCUGCGCGAUGUGCUGGCCGAUUUGGACAAGGAGAUCGAGAUCGCGGAAUCGAACAUCCCGUUCCUGAAACUGCUGGUCGACCCUUGUUUUGCCAUCGGGACCCUGGAAACGGCCGACGACUUCUGCUCGCAGCUCAUCUACGUGAUGCACAUCAUUCGGUUCAUCGGCGAGGACUCGAGCUACCUCAACAAGGACGAAAGCAUGACCAAGCUGUUCCUGUACCUGAGCAACGAGAUCGUCUCGUGCUGUAUGCAGGGCAUCGACGUGGACCGCAUCCUGGCCGGUGCCCCGCGCUACGGUAUCGAUGUGUGCCGGAUGAAAAUCAACUGCUGCGAGUCGUACAAAAUCAUCUACGAAGAGAUGCUGGAGCACUUUAAAGGGGAGUUCACCUGGAAUCUGGAUUACGCGGCCAUCUUCAAUCGCAUCAACGCGUUCCUGCAGCGUUUGCGCGACAUCGUCGAGGUGUGCGACGCGAUGCUGAUCUUCGGGAAGUACGCGGACGGGACGGCCUACACCUCGUACCGGUUUUUCUGCAACAAUGCGGCCGAGUUCGAGCGGCGCUGCGAGCAGGUGGAGAAAGUGUUUCACGAUGCCCUGCAGAAGAUCGAAUCGGUCGGCGGGACGAUCCUGGACAUCAACAACAAGGACUGGUACCGGUACAUUAGCGGGUUCCGCGGGACGCUCAAAAGCCUGGACGACAUCAUCGAGAACCUGCUGUCGAACGUGUUUCUGCUGUCGGAGAACAUCGAGGAAAAGCUGAACGUGCUCGUGACGCUGCUCAACUUCUACAAGCGCGAAAGCGUGCGCGAGAGCUUCAUGCGCAAGAUCGGCGAGGUGUGGAGCAUGUUGAACGGGGAAAUAGUGACCCUCUCGAAGGACAUCUCGGCCGGGAUCACCGAGUAUCCGGCGCUGCUUCCGCCGCACGCCGGCCGCUAUGCGGUGCUGAAGAUGCGGUUCGACCAUCUGACCCACCUGCGGACGCUGAUCGUCAACUGUCGCUUCUUCCCGGAGUAUCCGCAGCAGGACGAGGUGCUGGCGCUGUACGAGGCGUGCGAGAAGCAGGUGAAGGGCGCCAUGAAAGGUUUCAACGAGUCGUGGGCCAAAUCGAUCCCCCCGGACAUGGCGUCCUGGUACCAGCGGAACUUGAUCUGCCGCAGCAAUCUGCGGCCGGGGCUGUUCGAGGUGAACAUCGAGCGCCGCCUGUUGGUGCUGUUCGAUGAGGCGCACUACUUUAAACUUCUCGGCGCCCACGUCCCGGCCGGGCUGGACCUGGAGAAGCACGAGGCCACGCGGCUCACGUUCGACAACGUGCUCCGGCUGGUGCUGUACUUUAACGGCGUGGUGUCGUCCAUUUCCGACAAGGAGCGCCUAUUCUUCAAACCGAUGAUCCAGCAGACGGAACGCAAGCUGGAACCGCUGCGGAGCAGGCUGACCUGGGAGGAAGACCUGAGCGAGCUGAUCGACGGGUUCGUGGUGAACGUGCGCGAGCUGCUCGAUCUGAUCGAGCUGUACAAACGGGAGAACCACAAAAUCAUGGACCUGGCGGAGCGCAUCUACGGGCUGACUUUCGUGCGGCUCGACCUUCCGCAGCCGGCCAGUAUGGGCCAGCUGAUCGAGAGCGUCAGUGAGCAGAAGAAGGCCGUCUUCACGGAGCUGCUGGAGGUGCUGCGGGAGAUCAGCAAAAACAUUUUCACCAUCUACGACAGCAUCGGCUCGAACAUCCGCAAGAUGGGCAGCAGCUGGGAGCAGUACAUCUUCAAGAUCGACAAGCUGCUCAAGGCGGCCAUCUUCACGUGCACGCUGAACACUCUGCGCGGUGUUCACGCCGCCCUGGAGAACGCUCACUCGAGCCCGAUCAUGUUGAUCGAGAUCGUGCUCAAGAGAGAGGGCGCCGCCUACGAACCGUCGGUGGACACGGUCGAGCAGACGCUCCGUCGCCUGACGGAGGAGGUCGCCCUGACGAUCAAACCGGUGCCGAGCAUCGCGCAGCGCUAUCAGCUGGACAGUGGCGAGCGCAGCUUCUACCUGCAGCUCCUGGAGCACGCGGAGUACCGGCAGCUGUGCGGCCAGAUCGAUGGCACGAUCGAAGAGACGGUUCGGCUGCUGGCGACGUACCAGGCCAAGUGGAACGUGUUCCGUCCGUUCUGGUGCGUCGACAAGGCGGCCUUCAUCGAGCGCUUCAAGCUGGCGGCGAUGGCGUCGGAAGCGUUUCAACGGAACAUCGAAAAGUUCGAGGAGCUCCAGAACCAGCUUUCGACGCAGGGUGACCUCAUCGUGUGCCGGUGCGUGGAGAUCGAUGCGCUCAAGCUGAAGUACGCCCUGACCAGUCACAUCGCCGAGUGGCAGACCAAAUACAUCGACUAUCUGAAGUGCAUAGCGUACGGCAAAAUAAUCGAAUUCAACACGCUGCUUCAGAACAACGUCGCGGAGCUGCGCCACGAGCCGACGGAGGUGCACGAGUUGAAACGGCUGGAGGAACGGUACGCGGCCUGCCACGAGGAGCUGCCGGCCAAGGAGCAGGAAAUCGGUGUCAUCCUGAAGUACUUUGUGGUGCUCGAAAAGUACGUCCUCGAUCUACUGCCGGAAGCGUACGAGCUGCGGCACAACAUCGACGCCAUCUGGGCCCAGUAUCGGGCGGAUUUGCGCGAAAUCCGGGAGCAGAUCGACAACUACCAGGACCAGUUCAAGCUGUCGCUGACCGGGGCGGCCGAUGCCCUCAAGGUGGACGCGCUGGAGAUGUUGAAAAUGUUGCGAGAAGAAAUGCCCACCAACGGUGACUCGAGCCCGACGGAGGCGUUCGAAGCAAUUGACCGUUUAAUGGUGCAAUUGGAAGCGCUAGAAUGCCGCGAGCAGGAAAUCGGUCAGCGGUUGAGGUUGCUCGGCGUUAACUUUGGCGGGUUGUCCGCUAUCCGAGAAAUACGAGGAAAACUGGAGCACCUUAGACUCGUGUGGUUGUUUGUGGGCGAGUGGCGCACCUUCGUGGACCGGAUUAUGGACGAAAGUUACCGUACCGUCGAUGAAAUUGAGUUACGUUCGCUGUCCACCCAUUUUAAGCAAACAUCCGAAAGCCUCGCUGAAGGUCCCGUGGCGGACGAAGAGUGUGAGGUGCUCACCUCAGCCCUCGCUGCCGUUGCCCAGUUCCAGGUGACGGUGGCCAUCGUGUGUACGAUGAAGUCCUCAUUCCUCCAGCAGCGUCAUUGGGCGAAAGUGAAAGAAAUCGCCAGAAACUGGUAAGUGCAGUGCGGCGAACUCGAGGAACUGGCGGCCGAUUGUAGCGUUCGGUUGCUUAGCGAUCAGCUUAGGGUGUACCUGUACGAGCCACAGUUGAUGGCUCUUUGCUACACGGCCCGAAAGGAGCACGAGCUGGAACUGGAACUGGAGGUGGUCGCGUUACACGUGCGCUCCUUCGAGCUGCCCAUCCGACGGGUGGCUGUCGGGGACGGGGGCCACCACUUUCCGGCGCUUGCAAAUCAGUCCAGGAACGCCGCUCUGCUGGCGGACACCGGGAUCACGAUCGAUUGCCUGAGAAGAUCCCCUUACCGGGGCCCGUUCCAGGCUCGGAUCGAUUACUGGGAGCAAACGGUGGGUUGGUUGGAGCGGAUACUUGGCGGGCUGGUGGAGUGUGAAUCGGAGUGCCGAACUCUAUUCGAGCUGAGCCGGGCCAGCAGACGCGUGAACUGCGCCCCUCUGGAACAGUUCAACGUCGAGUUUGAGGGCUGCUUCGGAGCGUGGUGCGAACUGAUGCGCCACGUCUCGACGGCCCGCCUCGUGCAGGAUGUGUGCCCGGUGGGAAAGGAGUUAAUCGAAGAGCUCGAAGCGGUCCGCAAAAGCAUCACGGCGGUGGCCGAACGGAUGACAAUAUUUCUGGAGGAGCAACGCGAACAGUUUCCGCGCUUCUAUCUGCUGUCGGACCGCCAGCUGAUUGCGUUCCUUGCUCAGCCGACGGACCCGCGAAGGCUCCGCCAGACGCUCGCCAUCGUGUACGAGAACGUGGCGGGAAUCGCGAAAGAUGCGCAGAGCGGCGCAGUGGAAGCGGUGAUCACCCGGGACGGAGAGCACAUUCCGCUCAGCCGCAGGUCCCUGCCGGCGACGUUCCCCGGAACGUCACUGAGCGGGAUCGGCGAAACGAUGAUCCAGCUCGAUCGUGGCAUUCGCGACGCGUUACAAGAUUUAUUGGUGCGUUGUCACUCGGCCCUGCUACGCCGGGGCUACUUUCGGCGGGUGGAGUCGGGCUGGCUGCGCAGCUGGCCCGUGCAGCUGUGCCUGAAGAGUGCCGAGCUGCAGAACACGCUGCACACCAAGAACGCGCUGGAGCAAUGCAGUCUGCUCGGGAGCAGGAAGCCGCUGAAAAUGUUGCGCUCCCUGCACACCAAAAUGUUGGAGGAAUUGACGAACUGUGCCCGUGACUCGACGGUGCCUGAAGACCGGUGGGAACGAAGGAAACUGAACGAUUUGCUAAUCGUCGAGUUGAACGCGCGCGAUCUGAUCGAGCGGCUGCUGGGUGGGCGAGUGGAGCCCCACGGUCCGCACUCUUUCGAGUGGGUAUCGCAGCUGCACUCCAACUGGCAUCCGACCAGCGGGAAGUGCUUCGUGCAGCUCCUGGAAACGCGCAUUCCUUACGGCUACGAAUGCAAACGAUCGAUCGAGCCCGCCCUGUUGACCCGCACGUGUGAGAGAGCGCGGAUUGGCACGCUGUGUGCCAUGAAAUCCAAGCUGAUUCCGCUCCUCCUGGGGAAACCCGAAGCCUCCGGAGGACGGCACGUAUUUUUGGAUGACUUGGCCCACUCGGCGGGCGUUUUUCUACGGCAAGUGCCUUGCGAUGGUCCGGUGAACGACGACGCGAUCCUAAAGAUGAUCAGCAGCAUGAGGAAGAUCGGCGGCUGGUUGGCCUUGGUGGGCCUCGAAAGGAUGUCGGCUCUGAGCACGAUCGGGAACUGCUUGCGCGAGAUUGGGUGUGGCGUGCAGCGUUCGAAAUCAAUUACCACCAAGGACUCCAGUUUCCCGGCUGGCUCCCGGUUUCAACUAUUCGCCCUGGCUAGUUCCAUCACUCCCGGAACGGUGGCCGAUCGGGUGGACAGGACUCUGUACCGUCCGAUAUACUUCUUGCCGGCCGAUAGCGCACCGGUUCUCGAGGCAUGGCUCUGGUUGGCGGGAUUCUUGCACGGAGCCCGAAUCGCCAAGCUGAUUACCCUGCUGAUCACCCAGCUCGGGCAGCUGGGUGGCAUCAACCCGUCGGUUUUCGGUUUACGCAAUCUCAAACGCGUUAUUGAACGGAUCACGCUUUCGGACCACGAUGGCCACGAGUGGGAUGCCGAGAAGCAGCGUUUCGUGGGCGCCAUCCUGCUUUCAGACCGAAUGGUGGAGACGGUAUUGCUCAUCCGUCGGUCACUGGAACACACGGAUCGCCCGCUGAUCGUGACGGGUGCACCGGGUUCGGGGAAGACCGGCGCCAUCCGUGUGGCCCUGAAGAUGAUGGGCUACGAAACUCACCGGCUGGGGCCGAGCGUGCUGACGGACCCGAAAUCAUUCGACCGCCCCCUGUUCGAUGCGAUAAUCUCGGCGGUCCUCGGUGGUAGUGACACGAGAAAGUGUUUGAUAUUUGAUAGCGUCCUCGACGGCCCGGAAUGGAUAACGUGCGCCAUUCGAUUGGCGCGACACGAUUACGCGUUCCAAGACUUUACCCAUCCGGACCAGCCGCCAGCGGACCAUGUGAAAGUGAUCGUGGAAUGUCCGGGACCGCUGGAAACCGUGACACCGUCGACGGUGUCCCAUUUCGCCCUGGUGCACGUGGGCCUAACCGACCUUGACUGGUGUCAGCUACUGGAGGUGUGGCUGGACGGACUCGAGCCACCCUGGUCGGUGCGACUCCGAGAGUUGGUGGGUCGGCACUUCGGAGCGCUACUGGCGUUCCGCCGUAACGAGUGCCGGACCGUGGUCAACAUCAGUGAUGUGAGCAUAGCGCGAACGUUCAGCAAACUUUGCGACGCCUUGUUGAGCACCUUCGACGGCAGCAGGCAGGACGGGACACUGACGAGGCUGUUCUUCUUCUGCUCCGUCUGGGCGAUCGGUGGCUCGCUGGAAGAGGAAGCCGCACGGGCGCGGUUUGAUCUGCUGGUCCGGGAGCAGCACCCGGAAGCUGGCUACCCCGUCCGGGGGUCCGUGUAUCAGUGCUACGUGGACCUCACCGACGGUGCGUGGCGUUCGUGGGAAACUCUCGAAACCUCCGGUGACCUUGCCGAUUAUCGCAGGUACGUUAAAAAACGUUGCUCGACUCAACCACCAGACUCACGCUCCGCUGUGCUCCUCAGAGAUCCCUUCAUCCAUAGCCCCCGGAGCAGGGCGUACGAGUUCGUUCUCCAGAGUCUGCUGAAGACCGGGGGCCCCAUUCUGUUGGGAAGUGAAAUGGCGGCCGGUAAAACGUCCCUAAUGGAGAGCAUCCUCCACGGAAGGGAUCCCUCCAGCUGGUGCUGGGUGCGGUUUGCGCUGACGAAAGGAACGACCGUCGGUCAGAUAUGCUCCCGAUUGCGCUCCCAAUCGAUCAAGAUCCGGAAAAGUCGCCUCUACCCCGUGGACCGCAAGCGUUUGGUUUGCCUGUGGGAUGAUGUCCACGUGGUCGGCCGAACCAAUCCGUACGGUGUCGCCGAGUUUGUGCGCAGUUUUUGCGAGGCUCCCGAGUGGUACGAUCAGACCGGUGUCCCGGUGACCCUGGAACAGUGUCAAUCGGUGGUUGCACUCCGCCUGCAAAGGUGUGAAGGAUCGCCAUCGUUGCAGAGUCUGAUGGGUAAAUGCCACGUCCUUAUGGUCUCGCAUCCCACCGACGAUGAGCUUGGCCAGGUCUUCACCGGUCUGAUUCGAGGCGCCCUUGGUGAACCGAAUCCCGUGGUUCAACUGCUGGCCCCGGCCACGGUGGACUUGGUCGGGCGUCUGCUGCGACGGCUUCCACCUUCCCCGGCCCGGCCACGGUACCAGUUCUCGCUGCACACAAUCGCGACGAUAGUGCGCUCGGUUUGCCGUUUACUCGACGUCGCUGACGCCACCGACAGAGCCUCCGUGCUGAGGCUGUGGACACACGAGUGCUUCCGGGAAACGUGGGACCGGCUGGAACGGAGUGACUACCGGCGGUUCUACGAGCUGCUGAAUGAAACCCUUUCUCGCUACUUCGACGCCACCCUGCACGGGCUGUGGGCCGGCAAUCAGAAUCCGUUGUUUGCCGAUCUGCUUCCCGCACGGAGCGAUGCCGCUGGCAAGAAUCCCUACGUGGACAUCCGCGGCACGGACGAGCUAGUAGCGUACGCCGAGGGUAAAUGGAGUGCGAGUUCGGCCACCGUGGCGAGGAUGCGUUUCAUCGUGCACCGGGAAGCCGUAGAGCAUGCGGUCAAAGUCCUGCGCAGCAUUCGUCUCCGGCGUCGGGCCACGAUUCUGGUGGGUCGUCCGGGCGGAGGACGCUCCGUGGUGUGUCGCCUGGCGGCCGCCCUGUCCCGUUCGCCCACGGCCUUCCACCGGAUGCCGGUGGCUGCCGGCCGUGAUGGUCCCGACGGGAUACGGAAGCAGUUUCGGGCGCUCGUCCCACUGUGCGCCACGCGGCCCGCCGUCGUCAAGCUGGACGAAAUCGUAGACGCAGAACCCAACGAACUGCUGCUGGAGCUGCUCAAUCGGAUUGUGGCGGGCGAACGGAUGGAAGGGCUCUUCUGUCAGCCAGCGGAGGAUCCGCAGCAAGAGGAUGCUUCGGUGGACUGGCCGACGGUACAGUCCAAUCUGCAUCUGGUCAUCUGCCUGCCAUCGGACGGAACUGCCUACAGAGUGUUGCUGCAACGAUACCCUUCGCUGUUGACGGGUCUCACCGUGAACUGCGUUCACGACUGGACCGAGGACACGCUGCUGGAGAUUUCCAAGAAAUACUUGCUCAAGAACGUUCUACUGAGUGUGCCGAUUCGGGGUGCAGCCGACAGCGGAGAUGCCCACGACGGGAAGCCGAAGACACUUCGCCGGAGAGAAAGUUUGGUGCAGAGCACCGAAGAACGGUUCCAGAUUGCGACGCACGAUUUACUGUUCCGCGUACAUUACGCGGCCCAGACGGAGGUGACGCUGCCGACGGUUGCCCGCAACCGAAGGAUAAUUGUCCCGUGCUGCUGGUAUUUUGAGCUGCUCGACACGUUCGAAAGAGUCCUGCGUGAGAAGCGGGCCGAAAUUCACGCCCGUCACCGAAAGUUCCGUGUCGGAAUCGAGCGAAUCGAGGACGCCGGCGGAAAGGUGGCGCAGCUUUCGGGCGAGCUGGAGCAACGCCAGGCUGAGAUUGGUGCGUUUCAGGAGCAGCUGGAUGCGUUUCUGGGGCAGAUUACGCUCCAAAAGCGGCAAGCGGCCGACCAGACGGAGCAGGUAUCGGUGAAACGGCUGAAGAUUGGCGCGGAAGAGAUCGUCUGCAAGCAGCUGGCCGAGGUGGCCGGGACCGAUCUGCAGCGGGCCAUGCCGGCCCUGGACGCGGCCGUGGCGGCCCUCGAUUCGCUCAACAAGAAGGACAUGAACGAGAUCAAAUCUUACAGCCGGCCCCCGACAAAGGUGGAGCUGGUGAUGGAGGCGGUCAUGAUUCUGCUCGGCAAGGACCCGAGUUGGGUGGAAUCGAAACGCCAGCUCGGUGAGCAAAAGUUCCUGGAAACCCUGAAAACCUUCGACCGGAACAACAUCAGCGAACGGACACUCAAAACGAUCGGCUCGUACGUGCGCAACCCCGAGCUGGAACCGGACAAGGUCGGGACGGUGUCGAGUGCCGCCAAAUCGCUGAUCCUGUGGGUCCGGGCCAUCGAGAACUACGGCAAAGUGUACAGGUACGUGGGUCCCAAGAUACGAAAAAUGGAGCAAGCCAAUGCAUCGCUGCUGGAGAAGCAAAACGAGCUGGCAGAAGCGGAACGCAAGCUGCAGGAGCUGGCCGAUCAGCUGGCCUGUCUGCAGGACGAAUACGACGUGAAAAUGGCCGAAAAACAACGACUCGAAGAAGCUGCUCGUCAGAUGGCGUCCCAGUUGGAGCGAGCCCGCAGCCUGGUGAACAAUCUGGCCGGCGAACGGAUUCGAUGGCAGGCCACGAAGGAUGGUCUGGAGGUGGCCCACACGCGCCUGAUCGGGGACACGCUCCUGGCCGCCGGUUGCCUCACGUACUUCGGCCCGCUGGACGCGGGGACGCGCUUGGCGCUGCUCGAGCAGUGGACGAUCGACCUGCAAACGAUCGAAACGAUCGCCUACACGAGCCAGUUCGUCCUGACGGCGUUCUUCUACGGUGACUCCGACGUGUUGAUCCGCUGGCACCAGAACGGACUUCCGCCCGAUGAUUUGUCUGCCGAGAAUGCCACGAUUCUGUUCAACAACUGCACCCGGGUGCCCUUGAUAGUGGAUCCCCAGGAAGAGGCUCAACGGUGGCUGAUCGCCGAACUGGAGGCAUCCCCCGUCAAGUUGGUGGAUUUUGACGACGAAAUCAGCGAACGGAGCGUGGUAGAAACAUUCCACGAGAACACCACGCUCGUCGUAGAGAAUGUCAACCGGGGUAAUGUUCGGGACUUGGGUCAGCUUUUCGCCCUCCAGCAGAAGUGCCCCCGGGGCGAGUCAGACAGGGAUGGCCACCGAAUGUACUUGAUUAGCCGGGAGCCGCUUCCGCUCGGGGAGUCGAUGCUGAAAAAUAUCAACCAACUCAGCUUCGUGCUCGGUUCCGAAGGGCUGGAAACGAAAAUGCUCGCACUGCUAGUUCAGCACGAGAAUCCUUCGCUGGAGGAACGCAAAGACUCACUGCGGGGCAGUGUUCUGGCCGACCAAAGGACACUGGCCGAGCUGGAGGCACAGAUACUGCGGAUCCUGACCGAGGGUCGCGUCCCGCUGCUGGAAGACGAGGAACUGUACGCGGUGCUGCAGAGCUCGCGGGAAACGUUUCGCGGUGUUUCGGUGGCGCUGCAGCAAUCGGAAGUGGCCCGUCAGGAGAUAGAGGAGUCCCGGGAGGUGUACCGAUCGUGUGCCACCCGCGCCGCGCUACUGUUCCUCGUGCUCGGCGACCUGCAGCAAUGCAACCCGCUGUACCGCUACAGCCUGCAGUGGUACGAGGCGCUCUACUUGGAAUCGCUGGAUCGGAGCGGCCGAAUCCAGGUGAUCGCUGAGCGGAAGCGUCGCAUCGAUGAGUACCACACCGGCAAUUUGUUCCGCAGCGUUUGCCGGGGCCUCUUCGAAAGUGACCGUAAGCUGUUCGGCUUCUACCUGUCCGUGAGGCUCCUGUUUGCCCAGGAUGCGCUCAAUCCGCGCGAGUUCCGCUUCCUGGUGUUUGGCGCCGGGCGGGUCGACCGCCAGGAGCAGAUGGAGAACCCGUGCCCGGGCUGGCUGGAUGCGGCGUGCUGGGAUCAGCUGACCGACCUGGACCGUGUUCCCGGUUUCCACGGCAUCGGCGUGUCCUUCGCAGAGCUACCGGACGACUGGCGCUGCUGGUUCCGGUCCCCCGUUCCGGAGCAGGCGCCCCUCCCCGGCAGCUGGGAGAGUAACUUGAAGCGCUUUCAGAAGUAUCUCCUCGUGCGCUGCUUGCGAAAGGACCGGCUCGAGCGGUGUAUGGUGGAGUUCACGAAGGAUACGCUCGGGUCGCGCUAUGUCACCGCCGCGUCGGUCAGCCCCCUGGAAGACGCCUUCCGGGAGUCGUCGGCUCGGACACUCAUCCUGCUGCUCGUGCGUGACAGCUCCAACCCAUUGCCCGGAGUGGAACGUUUGCGGCGUGCGGUGAAUUCGAUGGCGGCCCCGCUGGAACACGUGACGAUGUCCCGCGGCCGAACCUUGGAGUCCUUCGUCGAACUCCUGGAGCGUUGCGUGGCGCACGGGACUUGGCUGUACGUUGGCGAUUGCCACCUUUCGGAACCGUUCCUCAAACAACUGCCGCACGUGGUCGCCUUCCUGAAGCGUCUCCACCCGGAGUCCCAGUUCCGGCUCUGGCUUAGCUGCCAGCCACACGAGGCGUUCCCGGUGUCGGUUCUGCAGGGCUGCAUCAGGCUGGCCUACGAGGAGCCGAAGGGCAUCAAACACACGAUGCGCCAUCUGUAUGACGAGCUGGGCGAGGCGCGGUUCAAGAGAUCCUCUUCCGCGCUGAAGGAAGACGUAUCCACCGGGGCACCGUUUCAGACCCAUUACAAACGUUUGCUGUUCACCGUUGCCUUUCUCCAUGGGCUGCUGGCGGGGCGCAGGAAUUUUCAGCAACUCGGCUGGAUCGAACCGUGCCAUUUUGUCAACAGCGACUUCAGCUUGGCGGAACGGUUGUUGGCGUACGCGCUGGAGAAACUGCCAGUGGCGAAAGUGAGCGGUCCUGGGCCACGACGGCAGACGUCGAAGCCGAAGACCACGAAGGGCGGUGUGGCCAAAGACGCUUCCUCGAGCGAGAAUGCGAGCUUGGCGGACGAAUUUCACGGCCUGCGUUUGGCACAACGCGGCGACGACGAGCGGCAUGACCCGACCCCGUGGCAGUUUAUCCGCGAGGUUUUAUUGGAAAUCUGCUACGGUGCUCACAUCGUCGGCGGCCGGUGGGACCGCCGGGUCUACGAAGCGCACGUCGAGGAACUGUUCCAGCCGCGACUCCUGUCGGCACCGGUCGUUUCGCAGGCUCCCUUCCUGCAGGGCCAGCCCGAUUCCUGGUUCCGGUUGCCUCGAGACGGCACCUACCAAGCCUACGUGGAGUUCCUUGCCAGCGGCCAGCUGCCCGACGCGGACGGCAUCGGCGUGUUCGGGCAGCACGAGAAUGCAAACAUCCAAUAUUUGGCAUCACGCUCCGACUAUAUGCUGCAGAUGCUGGGCCGCGUGGCCAAAGACCUCGACCCCGCGCGAAGCCCCCGGCAGCAGCCCCGUCUCUUACGCCCUGAGUCAUCGCCGCACGAGCAAGCAAAGCAAACAAUCGCGGACCUCUUAUCGACACUUCCUGUUUAUCUGGACUACGAAAACGCGCUCCGGAUUGUGGGUACCCCGGGGGGCGGCGCCCCUGUCGGUGAAGCCCUGCUGGCCGAGGUGCGCACCUACAACACCACCGUUGCCCGGGUGCACUCCGAAUGCAACUGUUUGCUGGGAAUGCUGACGGGAACCGGGAGCAGUGCCGUACUCGACGAGCCGGCCACCGGUAAGUGGAGCCUGCUGUUGGAGCACGUCGGACGGAACCUUGUCCCCAAGGACUGGCAGUGGGCCGGUAGCGCCCGAACCGCGACACCUCUGGACGAGUGGAUUGCGGAGCUUGGCGAACGGGUUCGAUACUUUCGACGCUGGACCGAAACCGGGCAACUUCCGGUCGAGUUUGUGCUCGGUCGGUUCACCAAUCCCAGGCGUUUCCUCGGCGCCGUACUACAGCACGUUGCGAACAUUCACCGGUCCCCGCUGGUAGACUGGGGCUGGGAGUUUAGCGUUUUCCCGACGGCCAAACCACUGGAGCGCAUCCCGAUCGACGAGGGCUUCAUUGCGCGCGGUCUGUUCCUCGAGAAUGGGGCCUGGGACUGGGAACGGCAAACAUUGGCGGUUCCCGAUGUUCUUGAGCUGAGUCAACCGAUGCCUCCGAUCGCCUGCCGGCUCAAGAAGGACGGACAGGGCCGGGUAACUGGGGAUGGUCGGUUCUACCACUGCCCGCUGUACAGCCACCGACAACGGGGCGAAGAUUCGUUCAUCGUGGACAUCCCGCUGGCGGUGGGGGAGCAGCAAGGCGAACGGGCCUGGAUCAAGUACAACACGGCCCUGCUGCUCAAGGAAUAA